AUGCUGAACGCCCUUUCGAGGCAACCUGGUUCGAUGAUGCGGACCACAUCGACAUGCCUACGUUUGAGACGAUUUGCUCGCGACCAGGUCAGGAACUGCUACCCUGCGUUCACGGAGCAGUUUGACGUGCUCGAUGAUAGGGCGGUGAUUUGGGAGCCCUAUACGGCGGCAGCAGUGCAUGCAAGAUACCCUGGCGGGAUCUCAGUCCUCUGCUAUAGAGAUUGUGCAUACUGGAUGACACAAUCGAAGAUCAUCUUCGAUGUGUCCGUGGAGGUACAACAGGAAGGGUACGAGCCACUCCUCGACAUGGUGGCUUCAGCGCGUUGGCUCGGCCAAAUGACUUCAGACUUACAGGAUGAAGUCGCUCAGUACACACGUCAAGUGUCCAGUGGGCCUCUUCUGCAGCCGCGCGACCAGCAGGUGUCCUGGUUGAGGCGUCUCGAGGAGAAGCUACGCGGGAUCUACUCGGCUAUCACGUGCAGCCGUAGUUCCGACGUCGUUCAGCGCCACCUCCUUCCACCGUGGCCCUCCACACGACACGAUCCACGGCCUCGUGUCACGCCGACGGCGACACCCAGACCACCACCUCCUGACCGGGCAGGAGGUUCGUCGUGGCAACAGCAGCACACUCCUUCGUUUGACGACUUUCACGGCCAGCAUCAUGGAUCACGACCUCGCCUCACGUCGACGGCGACACCCAGACCACCACCUCCUUACCAGGCUGGAGGUUCGUCAUGGCAGCAGCAGCACACUCCUUCCUUCGACGACUUUCAGUACUAUCAGCAGCAAGCUGCUUUCGAUGAUUGGCAGCAGCAGCAGGCUCCUUUCAUGGGAGGAGCAGGACACUCGCAGGGGUACACACAGCACACUGCAUCUAAUCCUUCAUGGGGAGCUAGUGAUCAGGACGCUGAGCACAUGGAGUAUUACAGCACGCAGCAGAACUAUGUUGGUAUGCAGACUCCUCCACCAGAGCCCACACAGGAGACGCAGUACGACCCCGAGUCCGGGUCCUGGAUCCCUGCUCGCAACGUCAGGGCCCCGGACAGGUUCGGUUGGACACCCCGUGUUAUGCCACCCCCACGACAGCCCAGACUACGCCGUCCCCCUGGCUGAUGUAUCACCUAUGUAUGAGACAUUUAUGUAUGCAUUACUCCUGUAUGAGACAUUUAUGUAUGCAUGACUUACGUAUGAGACAUUUAUGUAUGCAUGACUUAUCUCC